AUGAUCUUCCUCGAGGCUGCUAACAAAAUCAUCCAAGAAGUGCUCACCAAGCAAUUUGAUCCAGCCACAAGAUCUGGAGUCCGUGUGAACGGAGGUGAUUUCGAUGGAACUAAAUUCGUUCUUGAAACUGAUGCUGGAAACAAGAACAUUCUCAACUUGUCCGUCUAUGUUCACGGUGAAAAGGUGUUCACAAAAUAUGGUGGUAUUGAUUUGUUGAAGAAGACACUUCCUGGAUUGACUGUUCAAUCUCCUGGUCUCAAAGUUGAGGAUCAAGUUCACACUUUCACCAUCACUAUUGAUGUUGAAAAGGAAGAGAAGAAUAAGGCAAAAUGGUUGCAAGAAAUUCCACGUUGCAAGACCACCUACAUGAGUGCUGUAUUCUUACAAGCUAUGGAAAAGCAUACAAAGGGUGAGACUAUGGAACCAAUUCAAAUUCCAUAUAGACCAGAUGAGAAUAUCUAUCUUAUCAGUUAUAAGGGCAAGUCAUUGGUUGCAGUUUACAGUAUUUUGUUCCGUGAUCCUGAUGAUGUUGUUUUGGCAAACGGAUUUUUGUGUGAAUUCAAGGAUGCCAAGAAAGAUCGUGCACUGAACGCUGCACCAAAUAUGAACUUUUCACAAGGCCAAUUGGCUGGUGAGUUGGUUGAUGUUAAAUCAGUCACUGAGCCACGUGAUGAAAGAACCUUGAAAAAGGAAGGAUGGGGAUUUGUUUCAAUUAGUUUAUUGGAUGUUCAGUUAAAGGCUGACAAGCAAAUGAAUACUGCUGAAUUAUUGAUUGGUUUCCGUUCCUAUUUGCACUACCACUUGAAGUGCAUGAAGGCUUACAUGCAUAUUCGUAUGAGAGAACGUGUCGAGAAGUUGAUGCAAAACUUGAAUGCUGCAAAGGACUUGAGCGGUAAGAAGACUGAGAAGAAGACUAUGUCUGGUAAGACCUUUAAACAGAAUUAG